AUGAUUCAUGCAGUUGCAAUUGAUGCUGCUUGUGAUGUUUUCAGGAUAAAAAAGUAUGUUGGCGGGCACACUUGUGGCAGUGGAGUCAAGUUGAGGAGUCCAUCUGUAUCAAAGAAGAUUGUAAAUCACCUUAUUCAUGAUUAUGUCAUGCAUAACCCACUUAUCAAGCCUCGGGAGAUUGCAGAUUACAUCAAAGUUGGGGCUGGUGUUAACAUCAAGUAUCACCAUGCAUACCAUGGGUUAGAACUUUCACACCAGGAGAUUUUUGGCAAUGAUGUGAAGUCUUAUACCAAUCUGGUCUGGUGGGUUAAUGCUUUGAAGGAAACAAAUUUAGGAUCUUAUAUGGAUUUUCAGUUUAAUGAUGCAACUAAGAAACUCGAAAGGUCGUUUAUUGCAAUCGGUGCUUUUAUUGAAGGGUUUUAUCCUUUAGCAUAUGCAUUAGUCCCUGGAGAAGAUGUUGAUAAUUGGGAUUGGUUUAUGCGACUAUUGAGGGAAAUUCCUAAUGUUUUCCCUAAAGCUCAUCGUGGUUAUUGUUACUGCGACUAUCCCAUUAGGAAAUCAGAUGAGAAAUUUAAAGAUGAUAUUGUUUCAAAAAAAGUUGCGUAUGCUCUUUCACUAGCUAGGUUUGGUCAGGCUACAUUAAGUGUUGAUGAGUCAUUCAAUAAUUGGAUUCGGCGUGAAAAGAGGUUGCUUGCCCGCACUCUUGUUGACAUGAUCAGGUUACUUAAAGAGCACAUUCAAAUUGGUCGAGUUUGGAAUGUUACUCAAGUAUCUGAUAAUGUUUAUGAAGUUCAUUCAUCCAGGUCUCACACUAUUAUCUCAAAGAUCAUCACAACAAAGUUAUCUGCGCUGUCAUUCCUUCGUACCUACGAGUUUUAA